AUGCAAAAAAAAAAAAUGCCCGCCUGCUUCCUCGGCCUACUGGCCUUCUCCUCUGAAAAAAAAAAAAAGAACUGCCCGAGGGGCGGCAAGAGGGCCAUGUCCGACCUGGAGCUGAGACAGUGCCUCCCCUGCGGCCCCGGGGGCAAAGGCCGCUGCAAAAAAAAAAAAAUCUGCUGUGCGGACGAGCUGGGCUGCUUUGUGGGCACAAAAAAAAAAAAACGCUGCCAGGAGGAGAACUACCUGCCUUCGCCCUGCCAGAAAAAAAAAAAAGCGUGCGGGAGCGGGGGCCGCUGCGCCGCCUUCGGCAUCUGCUGCAACGACGAGAGCUGCAUGACGGAGCCCGACUGCCGCGAGGGCUUUCACCGCCGCGCCCGCGCCAGCGACCGGAGCAACGCCACGCAGCUGGACGGGCCGGCCGGGGCCUUGCUGCUGCGGCUGGUGCAGCUGGCCGGGGCGCCCGAGCCCUUCGAGCCCGCCCAGCCCGGCGUCUACUGAGCCCCCCGCCCGCCCUACUGGCGCGCUGUCUGCGCCCGCCCCUGCAGCACGGACAAUAAACCUCUGAAAACGCACGACCUCACGUCUGUCUCAGUCUCUGGAGGGAAGAGGGAAGGGGAGAGAGGUGGGAGCGGGGGAUCCUGAGGUCGCGGACAGAUCCACCCCAGAGGAGCAACAGGUCCCGUAGAGGAAGCGAUCUGCGACCCGCAGAGGUGUCGCUAGACCGAGGGACAGGGCGAAUUGGGAGGCAGGGGAGGGGGAGACGAGAGGCCGAGAGUGGCCUUGGAGGGGGUCGGUUGGGUAUCCUCCAGCAGAGGGAAAGAAGUAAAGGCAGAGAGGGGAAAGGCCUGGAGGACAAGACAGCAAGAGACCCAGAGACAGAGAUAUCAGAAUGAUGGAGAGAGAUGCAGAGACAUUGACAGUGACGGAGAGAAGAGUGAGAGAGGCAGAGGGGACAGGCCAAGGGGUGACCAUUCUGUCCCCAUUUUCGUCCCAGGAGACAAACCACUCAGGGACCCACCCAGGUCCCGGGAUUCCCAGUGCAAUGUGUGUUUCACCCAAGGCAGUGCUCGUGUGUGGUGGCGGCGGGAACGUCACCCCAGACCCAGCGGAGACAGCGCCACCUGCUGUCCGUCCAGUGCGCCCACCAUAAGGGCACCUCAGCCAGAGUGGGGGGCCCCUAACAGAUACAGUUCCACACAACCUCAAGCUCACUUGGACAGACAAGAAAAUAACUGCUAAGAACAUGUCCGCGACCCUUGACCACAACCAUAGAGACCCUGAGCCCCACAUUCAGAGCCACAGACACACCCAAAGAAACACAGAUACAGCUGACAGGAGGAUGGGCAGGAGCACGUACACACAGGCUCACGCACGCAGGAGUGCACUCACAUUAGCUCCCGGACAUGAAGACUUUCUGCCCUUUGACAUGAGCCCCUUUGGCAAAAAGACGUCCAGCAGCUCUCGGCAUCUUCCUCUACAUCUCUUGGGUUCUCUCACCCCCUUCUUGAACCGGAGGCCUUUCUGGUCCCAUCUGCCCUUUCUCUCCUUUGUCUCUCAACCUGCUCUCACCUCCCCGUUCUGCCAGCUCCCGGGCCCCUUCUUGCCUCUCUCCUUGGCCCCUCCACACCCCUCUUCUGUUGCCUCACCCCGUCCGACACCUCCCAUCCUUCUCUCUCUUGGCCUCCUCUGUUCUCUGCAUCCUCUCCUUGGGCUUCCUUUCUCCAGGUCUUGGAGCCACAAGAGGCUGCAUCUCCUUCGGGAUCCUCUGCAAACUCUGAGGCCAGGAGGGAGUGCAGGAGGAGAGAAGUCCGCCUGGGCCCUGACCCUAACGCCCAGGCUUACGGCCAAGCCUGGUGACUCAAGCAGCCCAGCCUCAGCAGCCCUGGGCAGAGUCCAGGCACAUGCCAAGGUCAGGCUCUCUUCCACACUCCCAGGGCUC